GUUGACUAGCAUGUGUAGAUGGAUAUGGAAUAUGGGUAAAACAAAAACAAAAACGUGAGAUCUAUUUUGCUCGAAAAAACACAUAUGCAUAAAGUUUUACAACUUUACACAAUAGAACUAUAGAUGAUGCAUAGAGGUAGGGGUCAUUCCUAUAUAAGUGGAAAAGUGAAACUCAACAGAGUCAAACAGUGACAGCUUCAUACCAUUCAAAUACUUAUCUCAAACAUACUCUUCAACAGUACUUCUCAACUACUUCUCAGGCACGCUCAUUCCUCAUUCAUUUUCAUUAAUCUUCCUUACACAUAAAUAACAAUUCAACUACCACACCAAUCUCUCUUCUUACUUGUUACUUAUUUGUGUAUUCCACCAAAUCUCUCUAUAGAAUUUUACUAGUAAAAGGAACAAAAUCAAUGCUACAACAGAAUUCUUUGCAGAUCCUGUUUUUGUUGUUCAGUCUUAUCAAUACCUGUUUCUGUUUUCUCUGCUUCUGUUCCAUGCAACCCUUUCUCUGUCUUCAUAAGUAAAAAAAAACUUUAACCCACUCCUUUCACUUUUGUUCAGAUUCUUUUUUCUAUAAAUUCUGUUCAGGGAAUUAAUAACCCUGUCUGAGGUUUUUUGGGAACCACAUCAUCGCUUCUUGUUACUUUUUGCCCUUUAAAACUUUCAAUCCCACCCAUUCUCUUAAGGCACAACAAGAACACUAGAAAACACUCACUUUCUGGGUGAAGCAACUCCUAUGUUUUGACCUAAGAACCAAUUAUGGAUGAAUAUUGUAAGAGAAGUGGUCAAAUACCAGCUUUUGGUAACUGGGAUUUCGCGAAUGAGUUGCCAAUAACUCAAUACUUUGAGAAUGCAAGACAAGCUGGUUUGAUUCGUUACAGUUCUUCUUCUGGUGAAACUGAUCCAUAUGUGCGUGGAGAGCAAGAUCUGUAUAUAGUUGAUUAUAAGAAACCGGUUGGAAAGGAGACGAGGAACAGAGAAACAAGAAUGAGAAAACAGAGCAAAGUGUACGAUGUAACGGAAUAUCCAGGGAAGCAGACAAUGAACAAGAAGAAGACAUUACAUGUAAACGACGUCGUUUGUAAGGCUCCUUUACCAACAAGAGUUCCAAAACCAGUUGACGAAGAUCUCUAUAAGAUUUCUCCUCAACUUCUUCGCACAACCAAACGGAAAAAAAUGUUGGGCUUCAUUUCCAAGUGUCUGGUGCCUACUGCUUGUGUUUCAUGACCAAAUAAUUAGGUUGCCGACACAUGUCAAGCAAGUUUUAUAUUUUUUGGUUAGAUAUGCUGCUGUCUAUGUUAGACUGGUUUUCUUUUGCACUCAAUGUUGGAUGACUUCUUUUUUGUAUGAUUUUGCAUGAGGAUGAAUGAAUUUAUAUACUAGGCAUUGCUAUCUUAAAUUUUA